UCGUCACGUUCGUCGCCGGGAUGCUGAAAUUCCGGAAAUUAUUCCCGCGACCUUGCUCGCUCAUCGGGAUGGUCCACGUGGGAGCGCUCCCCGGAACACCGAGAUACAAAGGACUCGUUGAGAAGAUCGUGGAAGACGCGGUGAAGGAGGCCUCGAUAUACGUCGAGUGCGGCGCGGAUGGCAUUCUGGUCGAGAACAUGCACGACAUCCCUUAUGUUAGGAAGAAGGACCUGUCACCAGAGAUCGUGACUAUGAUGACAAGAAUUUGUGCGGAAGUUAAAAGGGUCGCGCGAAACGUCGUAUGUGGCGUUCAGAUUCUCGCGGGGUGCAACGAGGAGGCGAUCGCGGUUGCCAAGGCUGCGGGAUUUCAAUUUAUCAGGGCCGAGGGCUUCGUCUUCUCCCACGUGGCAGAUGAAGGCUUUAUUGACGCGAGCGCCGGGACUUUGUUGCGAUACAGGAGGCGAAUCGACGCGGAGGGCGUUCUCGUGUUCGCCGACGUCAAGAAGAAACACAGCUCGCACGCCAUCACUUCCGACGUCAGCCUGCCGGAGACGGUGAGAGCGGCGGAAUUCUUUUCAGCGGACGGAAUCGUGUUAACCGGUAGGGCGACCGGUGAAGCGGUGGACAUGCAGGAUCUCGCAGAAGUGCGGAAGUGCGUGGCGGCGCGACUACCGGUGCUGAUCGGCUCGGGCGUGACGUUGGACAACGUGGACAAUUACGCGGCGGUCGCGGACGCGCUGAUCGUGGGAUCGUACUUGAAGACGGCUGGUCGGUGGGAAAACGCGCUCGACGUGGACAGAGUUCAGGCGCUGCUCGGACACUUAAAAAGCCGACGAUCGUAGCUGUGGUGGCGGAGACGACGACAACGAUGACGACGACGCUGGCACGAUGACCAACCAAUGUUUCUCGGAGAGAGAAAGAGAGAGAGAGAGAGAGCGUAGUCAGCCAGUUACAAGUCCGAACGAACCGGCAGCUGUUCGACCAGCUGAGCGAACUCCCACCUUCGAU